UUCGUAUCUCCACAUUGUUAUUGCCAAACUGGUGCGUUUUUCCACAACCCUUUUACUUUUCAAUGCAUCGUCGUCCUCUUCCUCUCUUCCAUGGCGGUUUCAACUCCUCCCGAGGAUCCCAUCAAAUGCGUCUCGGGAAACACAAACUGUACGGUCACCAACUCGUACGGAGCCUUUCCCGACCGUUCCACCUGUCGAGCCGCUGGCGUGGCAUACCCCACCACCGAGUCGGAGCNNNCUAGUUUUUUUCCAGCCGCCACCAAAGCCCGGCGGAAGAUGCGUGUGGUCACGCGCUUCUCCCACAGCAUCCCUAAACUCGCUUGUACUGACGACGACGCUAGCAACGGUCUUCUCAUAAGCACCAAGUUUCUGAACCGUACGGUUUCAAGCGACGUGUCAUCGCUAACGCUGACGGUAGAGAGCGGCGUAACGCUGAGACAGUUGAUAGAUGAAGCUGCGGCUGUCCGAAUGGCUUUGCCGUACGGUCCGUACUGGUGGGGCGUUACGGUCGGUGGAAUGAUGGGUACCGGUGCACACGGGAGCUCGCUGUGGGGCAGAGGAAGUGCGGUCCAUGACCACGUGACCGAGAUUCGGAUGGUGAGCCCUGGUACGGCGGAAGAAGGGUUCGUGAACGUUAGGGUUCUUAACGAGAGCACGGAGGACGAGUUUAACGCGGCGAAGGUUUCUCUUGGUGUUCUUGGCGUUAUCUCUCAGGUUACAUUUAAAUUGCAACCGAUGUUCAAGAGAUCUAUAACGUACGAGAUGAGAGACGACUGGAAUCUAGGGGACGAAGCAACCGAAUUCGGGCAUAAGCAUGAGUUUGCGGACUUCGUGUGGUACCCGAGCCACGGCAAAGUGGUCUAUCGAAUCGACGACCGAGUUCCAACCGCCGUGUCCGGUAAUGGUCUGUACGAUUCCGUACUAUUCCGUUCACAGUUUAGUGCAACCUUGGCAGUUGCCCGCUCUAUUGAGGAAACACAAGAAUCGCUUAGAGAUGUAGAUGGGAAGUGCAGAGGAGCCAAGGCAUUGUCUUCUACGUUGUUUGCUACCGCUUAUGGUUUGAAAAGCAACGGCAUUACAUUUAAGGGCUAUCCGGUGAUCGGACAGCAGAAUCAUCUCAUGUCAUCGGGAACUUGUCUGGAUAGCCUAGAAGAUGGGCUUAUCACGGCAUGUCCGUGGGACUCUCGUAUCAAAGGCGAGUUUUUCCACCAAACCGCCAUAAGUGUACCUCUCGUACGCAUCACAGAUUUCAUCGACGACAUCAAAGCUCUUGUCCGGAUCGAACCCAAGUCUCUCUGCGGCCUCGAGCUGUACUACGGGGUCCUCAUGCGUUACGUCGCGGCCUCGCCGGCCUACCUGGGCAAAGAGGCCGACGCCAUAGACUUUGAUCUAACUUACUACAGAAGUAAAGAUCCCCUUACGCCACGUCUUUACGAAGAUUUUGUUGAAGAGAUCGAACAAAUCGCGUUGUUCAAGUACAACGGAUUACCGCACUGGGGGAAAAACAGGAACAUCGCUUUCGACGGCGUGAUCGACAAGUACGGGAAGGCGAGUGAGUUCCUGAAGGUGAAGGAGAGAUACGAUCCGUUGGGGCUGUUCUCGAGCAAAUGGACCGACCAGAUUCUAGGGCUGGAGGGAAAUGCGACGAUCGUGGAGGAAGGAUGCGCGUUAGAAGGGUUGUGCAUUUGCUCGGAUGAUUUGCACUGUGCUCCCAACAAAGGGUACUAUUGUCGACCGGGAAAGGUUUACAAGGAGGCUAGGGUUUGUGCUUUUGUUGGGUGACUGAGUGGUAAACUCGCUUCGAUAAGUGAUUAUAUAUGUUUUAAACGAAUAUUUUUUUGAGAGGUAAAUGCAAUUUAUUUG